UAGCGGUAACAACUGAUGCACAUCAUAUACGAGAGCGACAAAGCCACCGAGUGUAGCUUGAGAAAUGGCUGUGUUAUGGCAUUCCGUGGCAGUGUUUCUUUCGCUUCUAAGCAUUAUAGAAGGAUGGCAAUAUUCGAAAAACCACCGCGGGCCAUAUGGAUGUGUGAUGAACACGCGGGGAGAAGUUGACUGUACAAGUAAUAACUUUACUUCCAUACCAGCUGAAAUUCCUCGAAAUGUUAUUGCCUUAGAUAUGAGUGACAACAUGAUAAGCGAGCUUACAAACUUCACGUUUUCAAGGUUUCCCAAUCUGACUAAACUGACUUUGAAUGGAAAUAAGCUGUAUCAUGUUCAACCUAAUGCCUUUGAAGGACUCAAGCAUCUCAGGAUACUAUCACUUAAAGAUAAUGACUUAAAGACUUGUCCAGAGUUUGGAGUUCACCUGAAAUCCUUAAACGAGCUAUAUUUAACAGGGAACAAAAUGAACACCAUUAAAGCUGGGGUUUUCAAAGAAGUUCCGAAUAUUGAGCACCUCUGGCUUGAUAACAACAACCUUACAGAAGUCCCAGCGGAAGCUUUGAAAAGUCUAAAAGAACUUAAAUAUUUGAGUCUUGAGUCAAACAAGAUUCGCAUAAUAAGAAACAGUUCUUUCCAAAGUCAGUCCAAGCUUGAGUCGCUAAUAUGUUUCAACAAUGAAAUAAUAGAGAUCGAAGACGACGGAUUCAAAGGGUUGGACUCUUUGAAGUAUUUAAGCUUGAUGGAAAAUAACCUUAGCCAAGUACCUGUUUCUCUCAAAGAUGUCAAGAACAUUUGCCACUUGGAACUUAGUUCCAAUCCGAUCGAUGAAAUUCCCGACCAUGCGUUUAAGGGACUAAUUAAACUCCGGACGUUACGUUUCACUUGGGAGAAGCUGAACUCUGUUGGUCACAACGCUUUUGCCAACCUACCAAAACUAAAAACCCGACUGAGACUGGUUAAUUUACGUUUGGAAAAAUUUCCAAACCUGACGGGCACAUCUUCUCUCCAGUACCUGACUCUGACUGUUAACAAAAUUAGAGAAUUACCUACGAAUCUUUGCCAGAAUCUGAAGGAAUUGGUGGAACUAACUCUAGAUUUCAACAAAAUUGAGCGUUUACCGGACCUAUCCGAGUGCAAAUCGCUGUCUGUUCUAAAAAUUGAGCACAACGAGAUCACGUCGAUAGAAGGGUCCUUGCAAAAUCUGAAAAAUCUUAAAGACUUGACUCUAAAAGGAAACAAAAUCCAAAGCCUGCCAAGUCGGACGUUUGAAGGAGUCGAGUAUCUGGAGGUUCUAAAUCUUGCGGAAAAUGAAAUCAGGUACAUUGCUGAGGACGCAUUUGCACCGUUUGAGAUGAUAAAAUUCUUGGAUCUGAGCAACAACUGUUUUCCAGUACUUCCUGCUAAAGGGCUGGAAACACUUAAAACUCUUAAGGUGCGAGGCAACAGAGAACUAAAGGGGUUACCUGCAGCAAAACUCCAUAAAAUUCGAACUGUGGAAGCGCACUACCCUUAUCACUGCUGUGACUUCCGAAAACAACGUAAAAAGAAAGAAAGUCCAGUCAGGACUGAAAAGCUGAAAACAAGCGAGUUCAAGAAUUCUUGGACCUGGGCUGAGGGUGAAGAAGUCAUCUUUCUACGAAAUAGUCCCGAGGAUAACUUAACUUCCAUCACAAGCAAUGAAGAAAUGUCAGGCUUCGGUUCUGGAAACAUAGACCCAGCAAUGGAAUUCGACGGCAGCUCGGAAAUUGCGACAACAGUCGGUUCGGGUCAGGUUAGCAAUGUUGGCCGUGUAGAUGAUAUUUCCAUUGACGAGGACGACGACCACCAAGUCACGUGCACCCCUGAGCCUGCUGACCCUUUUUUCCCGUGUGAUGAUCUCAUGGACUCUUCGCUCCUCCGUAUCGGCGUGUGGAUAGUGUUCUUGCUUGCGUUGCUUGGCAACGCCAUAGUCAUCUUUGUGAUCAUUACACGCAGCUCACGAAUCGACGUGUCUAGAUUUCUGAUCUGUAAUCUAGCUGUAGCAGAUUUGUGCAUGGGUGUGUAUCUCGGGCUUUUAGCAGUCGUCGAUGCGUCAACCCUCGGAAACUUUCGGAGCUAUGGUGUCGAGUGGCAGUUGAGCCCAGGGUGUAGGACAGCGGGGUUUCUCGCUGUAUUGUCAAGCGAAACAUCAGUUUUCACGUUGACUGUAAUCACUAUUGAACGCUACAUUGCUAUCACGCAUGCGUUGGACAUCACUAAAAAGAUGAGCUUAAAGAAAACGUACCUUGUGAUGCUUGUUGGUUGGUGUUUCGCUCUCACAGUUGCAACACUGCCGUUGUUCGGGGUCAGCGACUAUACCAAAUUCAGCGUUUGUCUGCCGUUUGAGACUGGGAACACGAAAUCUUUGGUAUACGUUACAUCAGUGCUCAUACUAAAUGGGUCAGCGUUCAUCGUCAUAUUAACUUGUUACUGUAGAAUUUACAGCGCUAUCCGUGGCUCAAACGCCUGGAACACAAAUGACUCAAGAACUGCAUUAAGAAUGGCAAUUCUCAUAUUUACAGACUUUUCGUGCUGGGCACCCAUAACUGUGUUUUCUCUCACCGCAGCGUUUGGUGGAGAGUAUGUGAGCCUUAAAGACGCAAAAAUAUUUACAGUUUUCGUGUUUCCUCUCAACAGUUGCGCUAACCCUUUCCUAUACGCUAUUUUUACUGCACAAUUUAAGAGAGACUGUAUUUCGCUGUGUCGUAGAGUAAAAAGUUCUCAGAUUCCUAAAAUAACAAGUUCGAGGCGAAAAUACUCAUACUCGAGUGGUGAAAUGAGGCGGAAUUCACAAGUGAGUUCAUCGAACGGACUGGAAGGUAUGAUAGCAAAGCUGCGCCCGCGUGAGCAGCGGCGGAACUCCCUUCCACCAUCCAUGAGGCUGAUGGUUAGCAGACCUGCAAAUAGCAAGAGUUCGGAGACAGUGAGAAAAGAGGUCAUUGUCGAAAAAGUAACGGUUCUCUAAAUGCUUGACAUAACGCACUCGAUUAAAUGAUCCUCAGAACUGAAUGGGUGCCAUGACAUGCAACUCUGGUGAAGGCGUGUUUCAUACGUAGUCUGUAUUGUAUCAUGUCUCCUCCAAUUGCAUGCUGUGUAAUCUAUCAAUACUGUACAAAUUGUAUCAUACAAUUAUUUUAUUAGGUCGUAGCUAGUAUAUCUAUGAGAGGAUGGUGGAUCAAUGAGAUGAAUUUCAACAUAUAAUAGUUGUGUUCAUUGACAACCUGUCUGGUUUGGGUUUUAGUAAGGGGCGGAUAUGUUAGUAAAUUGUCUGUGUUUCAAACACGAGAGAGUUGCUUGAAAAUUACCUUUUUCUGUGGGAUAAGCUUGCUCGAGGCUCGCAUAGUUUUUACGUUUAUAAUUACAUUGUAUUACAUUGUGAUAAAAUAUAUUAAGUUGACAUUCAAGUCAACACAGUGCGAAACAAUGUAUAAAACUAUGAAAGAAGUUGGUGGCAUAUUUCAGUGGUCCGUCAAAACUCAGGCUAGAGUAAAUAAAGCAGCUUCAUAGUUAUAUUGAAGAAUAGUAGCGGCCUUUUAGGGCAUGAUACUGCGGGGAAAAAGUUGUGCGCUGGGUUAAGGUUGCAAUUUGUUAUGAGUUUGGAAAAUAGCUGAAGGAAAGAAGAAAUUGAAACUUUCGAAAAUUCCUGAGAAAAAUCCUCAGUUCUCAUAAAAUAGUAGAAAUCUUGAAACUGAAAAUAACUCAGUCGCUCGGGCAAAUUUACGCGCAACUUUAUCUCUUCGAUCUUUUUUCUUAGGUUAAGGAAAGGAUGGGGUCCGUUCGAUCCUGCAAUUUUGAAAAAAAUGUUUAAAAUCUGUGAAUAAGCGUAUCUCUGAAACACUUAGCAUGUAUUUAUUGCCCAAUUUAUCGCAGUUAAUCAAGGGAUAAUGUAUUUGCUGUAAUAAGCAACAUUAUUUACGAUCUUUUAAAUUUUACAUUCCAGUCACGAAAAACAACCCAUUAGGAGUUUGUUUCACAAGAUUGUAUUAAAUUAUAUAAUAUUAUGUUAUUAUUCAAUGACAACAAUAGAUGGCUAGAAUAUGCAGAGAUAUUCAAUGGAAAGAUGUGGUCCUAAGCAAAGAAUUCGGGCCACGUGAGGUAAUCGGUUAUAACAGUGAAAAACUGGGGAUGGUUGUAAUCUUAAAUACAAGUAUUUUACUUAGGAGAUUUUUCCUUACCCUUAUUUCGUCGACUUAAUAACAUUGCACAAGCUCUUAAAUAUGUAAUUAUAUAACUUCUUACGUAUUUUGUAUAAGUGAUUGUAAAUAGAUAAAUAAAACAUAUUUAUCUCGCUGAA